UAGCUGUGAGUGAACUUGGACUCCGUCCAUCUGCAGAUUUUUAUUGAUCGUAUAAAAUGUUUUAAAGCUGCAGGUUGUCAUGAGCAGAGACGAGCCCGGGGCUGCCCUGGCCUACAUCUGUCACUGUCCCAAUCAAUACAGACGAUAGAAGAAGAAGAAGAAGAAGUCAAUCGCCCGUUCAGCCUGAUGAUGAUGCAGUGUGCUGAUUGGCUGAUCCUCUGUGCCUGGCCCCUCCCUCCUCUCUCCAUAAAUAACACAGCAGACACCUCAGAGCCUCACACGUCUGCAUCCAUCCCACCAACAGGAAACUUCUCUGGAACUUUCUCACGCUUUUUUUUUAUUGGCCCUUAAAGCAGCAUCACAAAAACCCUUUUUUUACACGCUGAGAGCUGAGUCUUUGAAUGCAUCACUGACUGUAUCUUCUUGUUGUUGGAUUUGUCAGAUUUGUUUUGGAGUUUUGUGAUUCUGGCUGUUGGAUCCGGUCAGGAUGGAGCUGAAGGACUUUUGUUUGACGGACGACUAUCAUCAUUUCCUGAGUCCACAACGCCUCUUGGACUCCUCCUCUUCCUCCUCCUCCACUGAUGAAGCUCCCUCUCCGGCCUCCUCCCUCCUCCACUCCUCCUCCCCCAUCAGCCCCCCCUUUCCCCUGGAGAGCCCCUCACACCAUGCCUUCCUCCUCCCCAGGCGCACCUCCUCCUCCUCCUCCUCCUCCUCCUCUUGCUCCUACGGCCUCCUCUGUGGAGCACCAGAGCCCGACUCCCCGACAGGAUCCAGCUCCAGUGGUGGAGGAAGCCUUCUCGGUGGCGCUGUGGUGUCAGAAGCUGCGGCGCGGUUUUCCGUUUCACAGACAGAUUUGUUUGCCGUGCAGGUGGACUCCAUCCUGAGGGGGGACUACCUGACGUCGCUGGGCGCCGCCGGGCCGAAGAGGCUCUGUCUGGUGUGCGGGGACUUUGCUUCCGGGUAUCACUACGGCGUGGCAUCCUGCGAGGCCUGCAAGGCUUUCUUCAAGAGGACCAUCCAAGGCAACAUCGAGUACAGCUGUCCGGUGAUGAACGAGUGCGAGAUCACCAAGAGGAGGAGGAAAGCCUGUCAGGCCUGUCGCUUCCGUAAAUGUCUCCAGGCCGGGAUGAUGAGGGAGGGUGUUCGUAUGGAUCGAGUGAGAGGAGGGCGACAGAAGUACAAGAGACGGGCGGAGACCGGACUCAGUUUUUACUCAAAGACCCCGUACCCCCACCCCGUCAGCAGCCGGAACAAGGUGAUUUCCCAUUUGCUGCUGACAGAGCCCGCCCCUCUAGCUGCCAAUCAGGACGAAUCGACCAAUGACAGCAGCCUGAGGACCCUGCUGACCCUCUGUGACCUCCUGAACAGAGAGCUGCUGGUCCUGAUUGGCUGGGCCAAACAGAUCCCAGGCUUCUCCGGGCUCUCAUUGGUCGACCAGAUGUCGCUGUUGCAGAGCGGUUGGAUGGAGGCGCUGCUGGUGGGCGUGGCCUGCCGGUCGCAGUGCUCUGCGGGGGAGGAGCUUGUGUUUGCCGGGAACCUGCGGCUGGACGAGGCUCAGUGUCGAGACGCCGGAUUGGCCGAACUGUACGAAGCGCUGCGGCACCUGACCGCCAAAUACCAGGGGAUGCACCUGAGCCCCGAGGAGGCGGUGACGCUGAAGGCCAUGGCUCUUGCUAACUCUGAUGUGGACCUGUUGGACUGUCCGGACUCUGUGCAGAGGUUCCAGGACGAGCUCCAUGAGGCCCUGCAGGAGUACGAGGCGUCCCGCAGGGAGCAGCACCGGGCGGGCCGGAUGCUGAUGAGUCUCCCCCUGCUCAGACAGACGGCGGGCCGAGCCGUGGAGGUCCUCCUGAGGCUGCACCGCCAACGCUGCGUACCCCUCCACAAACUGCUGCUGGAGAUGCUCGACGCCAAGUCCUGAACCCCAUCAGACUGAGACCAGGACGAAACUUUAUAUCAUCAUCAUCAUCAAUCUUUGAACCAGGAUCAUUAUCAGUCCAGGACCAGGACGAUCUUAAUCAACUCAGGAACACAAUCAUGAAACUUUUAUCGCUCUGGGACAAGAAUCAUGAUUCACUGAUUCACAGGCUGCUGACAGAAAAUCUAUUUUUCUAACUGCUUAUAUUUUUUAUUUUGUAAAUGUGACUCUUUAAGAAAAACUCUGGCUGCAACUCUUUACAUCUUAUCCUCCCAAUAGAUUUAAAAGAGCUCAGUACAGAGAUGCUAAAGUUAGCUUAGCAUCCUGCAGUUUCAGUCCCAAAUGUGAGUUCUCCAACAUGACCAUUAAUCCCCUCUAACAUUAGUAGGAAGCGUAAAGCUAAUUAGGCUAAUGAAAUAAACCUUGUCAAAUACGCUGCAUUCAGGUGCUCCUCGGACGCUCCAAGUUUCCGAGUUGGGAGGUCGUUCUUCUGAGUGUUUUCACGUUCUUUUUCUGAAAGUCUGAAUGUUUUGACUGGAGCGUUAACG